AUGGAGUCUGUUCAUCAUGUCUCGGUCUCAUCAAAAGUGCUCUUCAGCAAGGUGCGCAAGAUUGUACCGCCAAUGCUUGAAAAGUUUCAUAAAGGGCAGCUGGGCCGUGUAGCUGUGAUUGGAGGCUGCGUUGACUACACCGGAGCUCCUUACUUUUCAGCCAUGGCGUCCGCAAGACUGGGAUGUGAUAUGAGUCACGUACUCUGCGAACGAUCCGCGGCACCAGUUAUCAAGGGCUACUCUCCUAACUUGAUGGUGCACCCACUGCUUCCUAGCAGCGACACCGUCAAAGAUCCAAAUUCAAUUGAUGCGCCAUCACUGGCGGGUCCGAUCAUCGGAAUGCUAUCUCGCCUCCAUGCACUUGUAAUUGGGCCAGGUCUUGGCCGCGACGGUGUGACGCUAAAGGUGGUUGCCGAAGUGAUCAGAGAGGCGCGGUCACAAUCGAUACCAUUUGUGUUGGAUGCAGAUGGAUUGCUGAUUGUAACGCAAGACCCGAGCCUAGUUAAAGGGUACAAGGAGUGCAUUCUCACGCCGAAUGUGGUAGAGUUUGGCCGUCUCGCCAAAGCGAUGGGUAUCAAGGUUGCCAGCCAAGCGGAUGUUGCCAAAGCCGGAGAUGGAGACAUUACUAGCAAAGCAUCAGACGCGUGUGAGCAACUAUCUCAAGCCCUUGGCGGUGUGACGAUUCUUCAAAAGGGUCCUCAAGAUGUAAUUUCCAAUGGCGUUACCAGUAUCAUCUCUGAUGGCAAGGGUGGCUUGAAGCGCAGCGGCGGUCAAGGAGACACUCUGACCGGAUCAUUGGGCACAUUCCUUGCUUGGCGAGCAGCUUACCACGACAACUUGUGGGACUCUGGCGAGCAGGACAACGAGAAAGAGGCCCAGAGCAAGGAAGAAGUCCAGGCGGAGCUCGAUUCCGAGAACAAGCGCAUGUCCCCGACAACAACUCUGCUAUUGGCAGCGUGGGCGGGAAGUAGCAUUACACGAGAGUGUUCGCGACGAGCUUUUGCAGCCAAAGGGCGCAGCAUGCAAGCAAGUGAUCUGACCGAUGAGGUUCACGGGGCCUUUUUGAGGCUAAUCGGAGAGCCAGACGGAUCCAAGACGCACCUUUAG